CGCAUUUUCGGCUGGUUUGAUUCAUCCAUUUUGAAGAGACGGGGGAACGGGGGGUUCGUCGGAUCCAGAGCCCCAGACUCCAGGAGCAGCGGAGUUUUUGAGAAGCCGGCAGCUCGGGGUUCGGCGGCAGCGGUCGCAGCGGCCGAAGCUCGGGGGGGGUGGGGCGCCGAGCGCGCGGGGUGGGGGGGGUCCCGGGCUUUGGCUUCUCGACUCGGUCCCGUUUCGACAGCGAACAUGUCUCGGCCUGUCAGAAAUAGGAAGGUUGUUGACUAUUCGCAGUUUCAGGAGUCUGAUGAUGCAGAUGAAGAUUAUGGAAGAGAUUCAGGCCCUCCUGCUAAGAAAAUUCGAUCAUCUCCCCGAGAAGCUAAAAAUAAGAGGCGAUCUGGAAAGAAUUCACAAGAAGAUAGUGAGGAUUCGGAAGAAAAAGACGUGAAGACCAAGAAGGACGAUUCUCCCUCAGCAGAGGACAGUGAAGAUGAAAAAGAAGACCACAAAAAUGUGCGCCAGCAGCGGCAGGCAGCAUCAAAAGCAGCUUCUAAACAGAGAGAAAUGCUCCUGGAAGAUGUUGGCAGUGAGGAAGAGCCAGAGGAGGAAGAUGAGGCACCAUUCCAGGAGAAAGAUUCCGGCAGUGAUGAAGAUUUCCUAAUGGAAGACGAUGAUGACAGUGACUAUGGCAGUUCAAAAAAGAAAAACAAAAAGAUGGUUAAGAAGUCCAAACCUGAGAGAAAAGAAAAGAAAAUGCCCAAACCCAGACUAAAGGCCACAGUGACACCAAGUCCAGUGAAAGGCAAAGGGAAAGUGGGCCGCCCCACAGCUUCAAAGGCAUCAAAGGAAAAGACUCCUUCUCCCAAAGAAGAAGAUGAGGAACCAGAAAGCCCCCCUGAGAAGAAAACAUCAGCAAGCCCCCCACCCGAGAAGUCAGGGGAUGAAGGGUCUGAAGAUGAAGCCCAGUCUGGGGAAGAUUAAAAGUGAUGGUGGUUGGGGGAGAGAUUUUAUUAAAAAAGAAAAAAGAAAAAAAAGAUAAAGAGAGGGGGGAAGAGAACCUACUUAAGAAAACGUGGUUUUGGCAAUGGCUUGACUCUUGGGCUUUCAUGCUUUCCUCCAUGUGGUGGAAUUCUCAGUCUCUUUUUCUCCCUUCUUUCUAAGAAAACCAUUGUAUGUUUAAGUUACCUUUUGAUCUAUGGGUUUUCUCUUUGCCACUCUGCCCCUUUCCAAUGAAAGCCAUGUCAAAUUAAUCACUGGAUUGACUGCUUCAUCUUUUUAUUUUUAAAGGAAGGUUUGUCACAGUUGUAAAGCAAUAAGAUUUGAGAUAAACACUAUGGAAACUGCUUUUUCUAAACUAUCUGAAGUUGAACAUAAACAAAAAAAAGGUUCAAGUGAAAAAUGAUGGACUUUUCAAAACAUCAGCUGUCAUCUAUUCGAAGAUGGUGUGUCUGUGAAAACAAGUAUGAUUGUCUUGGAAAUCAUGACUUGACAUGUCCCCUGAUGAGGCAGGGAUGAGAUAAAGAUGAAUUCUGAAUUAUUACUAAAA